AUGGCGAAAGUUAUUAAAAAUCAUGUCUUAGCGAUGCUGAGAGGAAUUGUUUGUGUUCAUUUAUUAGCCUCAGUGGCGGUCGGCGCUAGGGUGCUGCCCACUCACCCUUACUUGGACGGGCGAGAACAACCCGCCGCCAACAUUUUUGAUACUUCAAAAUAUGGGAUUUUUCAGCUGAUUAAUGGUUUGGCAGAAACUCCUCAGAUGGGAUGGAGCAGCUGGAAUUUUUUUGCCUGUGAUAUCAAUGAAAAAGUUAUCAAGGAAACAGCUGAUGCUCUCGUUUCUACUGGCUUAGCCAACUUAGGUUAUAACUACGUGAAUAUUGAUGAUUGCUGGUCCGAACUGGUACGUGACUCAAAGGGUCAGCUAGUUGCAGAUGCAAAAACUUUUCCUUCAGGAGUUAAGUCUCUCGCUGAUUACGUGCAUUCAAAGGGCCUGAAGCUAGGUAUCUAUUCAGAUGCAGGGGCUUUCACGUGCCAAGUUCGACCUGGAUCUAUUUUUCAUGAAUUAGAUGAUGCAAAACUCUUUGCAUCUUGGGGAGUCGAUUACUUGAAGUACGACAAUUGUUUUAAUCUGGGAAUUGAACCAGAGAAGAGGUAUCCACCAAUGCGUGAUGCCCUCAAUGCAACUGGACGUCCAAUAUUCUAUUCACUUUGUGAAUGGGGUGUUCAUGAUCCGGCUUUAUGGGCAGGCCAAGUCGGACACAGCUGGCGAACAACAGAUGACAUUAACGAUUCAUGGGCGAGCAUGACCACAAUUGCUGACAUUAAUGAUAAGUGGGCAUCAUAUGCGGGACCUGGUGGAUGGAACGACCCUGACAUGUUGGAAGUUGGAAAUGGCGGCAUGAGUUACCAGGAAUAUCGCGCACAUUUUAGCAUUUGGGCCUUGAUGAAGGCGCCACUUAUUAUCGGAUGUGAUGUUCGAAACAUCACCUCAGAGACACUUGAAAUUCUUAGUAAUGAAGAGGUUAUUGCUGUGAAUCAAGAUCCUUUGGGAGUUCAAGGAAGGAAAGUUUAUUCCUAUGGGCCCGACAGUUGUUACCAAGUUUGGGCCGGCCCACUUUCUGGUCAACGUCUGGCCGUUGUUUUGUGGAAUAGAUGUUCGAAAACUGCCACUAUCACGGCCAAAUGGGCUGUACUCGGGCUCGAGUCUUCCGUGCGUGUAUCCAUUAAGGAUUUGUGGAAGCACGAAUAUGUUUCGAAAGACAGUGUGGCCUCGUUCAGUGCUCGAGUAGAUGGUCACGCUUGUGAAAUGUACAUUUUUACGCAGGCAGCUGCAGCCCACUCGGCAAGUUAA